AUGAAUAGUCAAGAUAUGGCAAAUUUGCUGUUGCCGUUGAUCCUGGAGAAGCGACACUUUCAACGAUUUUGGAUUGAGGAAACGGCUGAAAUACUCAACUUUGAGCGUACGAUGAAGAAUCAGCAUAACCUUGUCAAGCCACCAGUAAACGACUCAAAAAAAGCACUAGUCCGGAAAGAGGCCCAGUUGGCUUUAGAUUUGAUGAGUGAAGAUUGCGAGAGUGCGAUAAAAUUCUAUCAGCGUAACUGUAAGGAGUAGUACUGUAAAAAAUCAUGUUGUUUUAUUUUUUCAGUAAACCUAGCCGAAAAAAAGUGUGCAUCAACGAACUACGAUCCGAAUACUUCGGCUUUAUUUGAACUAUCCCUUCAGUUCGACCGUUUGAUUGGAAGUAAACAGUUAAACUUGGAGCGAUGGAAUUUCCUAGGAAAUCGGCUUCGACGGCUUAUCGGAAAUUUCUCGCGAACGGUGUCCAAGUAAGCUUCUCCACUCAUGGAUAUUAUGUUGUAGCUCGUACUGUAUCGCCACUGUUCAGUCAUAUGCAAUUACUUUGUGUGAAUUAAUGUAUAAAUACGAAGAAUACAUCACUUUAUACGAUAGUGAGGCGGACACUAGAAUCCUGACAACUUCGAUAGACCGAUUUUACAAAAUUGUGAUUUUGAACUUGAACGUAUGUAUUUCUUUUACAACAAGUCAUACAAUUUUAUUUCAGGAAACAAAUAAAAAUAAAAAGAAGACUCCUUGCACUCGGGUCUUUAGAUCACCCGGAUUUAAACUCUGUUUCGCGAAGACACCAACACGGCCUAGAGGCUUCUUGCUUCCACCAAACUUAGAGGCUUCAAGGAAUCAGAUAUGGAGAUCGAUAACAGAAAACAAAACGUAA